AUGGAGCAAUUACGGAGGACAAAAUACGAUAAGGCAUGCACUGAGGACGGCAGUGAACCUAGGGACGGUAGUAACCCAGGGACGGUAGUGAACCCAGGGACGGUAGUGAACCCAGGGACGGUAGUGAACCCAGGGAAGGCAGUGAACCCAGGGAAGGCAGUGGCCCUAGGGACGGCAGUGGCCCCAGGGACGGCAGUGAACCUAGGGGCGGUAGUGAACUAG